AUGUCAUGUCAGAUAACGCAGGACUGGAAUUGUUGUCGCAAGACGUUGUCGAUAGUUUUUAAAGACUCGAACGAGCACAUAUACUUGUGCAAGAAAUUUUUAGGGUUCCCAGUAGAUAAGCAUCACACACCUGAGUUUUACGAAGAUUCGUUCAACCAAAUAAAUAUCCCGUUUCUGGAGAACGGUGGCUUCCUGCUACAGGCUAAAAAUUACGAUUGCGUAGCCGUGGUGGCUCCGCCAGAUCAAAAAUCAUAUGGCUUCCAGGAAACCGAGGACCCGGUUUUCAACAAGCAGUUCAUUCAUGCAAACGAUGAAUUGAAAACCCAACUGGGACUCGGAACCAAGAUUCCAUGCUAUUACUUAUUUCUGAUAGGUAAAAACUUGGAGCAUCCAGAGAUUAGAGGAGGCGCCAGGGCUGUUAUGGAAUGGUUGAAAAACGAGGCCGAUAGACGAAGUGCAGCAGUCGUAUUGGAGGCUCUUAAUUCCAAAGUCCAAAAGGUUUACGAACAUUUUGGUUUCAAAACUUACUGUUCCUUCAGCUACGGCGUUGGCGAGGUCAAUUCUGACGGAGACGCAUGCAGUGACGGGACGGGCUUUACUUCAUAUUUUAUGGUUUACAUUAAAAACGAGGCCUUACUCGGAUAG